AUGGAUCCGGCAAACACGGGAAACGAAAAGGAAAAGGAAAAGCCGUCUACCAAGGCUGUCGUGCAUGAGAACAUCUACACUAUACCCAACAUCCUCACUGCUUCACGCCUGGUAGCCGCCCCCAUAAUCGGCUACUCCAUCCUCACAGGCAGCCAUACUCUGGCUCUCUCGCUCUUUGCCUACGCUGCCGUCACUGACCUGGUGGACGGCUACAUCGCCAGAAGAUGGAACCAGCAGACCGUCGUUGGGACCGUCAUCGAUCCCAUGGCCGAUAAGUUCCUGAUGACUAUCGGUGUCGUCUGUCUUGCCAUGAAGGCUGCUAUCCCGACCAUAUACUACAGAUGGAUAUCUCUGCCUCCGCCCAAGACCAUGAAGCGAUACUGGGACUUCUCUCUCCCUUCGGCUGAAGUCAAGCCCACGGAGGUGUCCAAGGUUAACACGGCGCUGCAGCUUGCUCUGCUGGGCUCUGCGAUGGCCAUGCCAGUGCUUCCCGAGGCUAUGAUGACGGCCUGGUACCUGCAGGAGGGCAUGGUUGGGUUACAGUGA